AUGUUUAAACGAAAAAAUAAGCAGCCACAACAAAACGGCAGCAAAGAAACCGUUCAAGUGGCUGCUAGUAAUGAGAAUCUUUGCAUACCAAAAGAUACAAAGGAUUCUGUUGAGAAGAUUCUUCACCAAAGAGUUUAUUUCAAUGUAGCUUUCCUGGGAGUAGUGCAAGAAAUGAACAUGGGAGAUUCUAAGAAACGAGAUACAGAGGCCCAAUUGAUUGAUCAUCUGGAAGAAGCUCAGAUUGAAGGGAAACUUCCAAUAGCUGCACGAGAGGAAGAUACAGUGAAGUUAAACGUCUCUAUCCAUGGUAUCAAAGUUCUAGAUAUGUCAGGCCAGGAAGUUUUGCAAAGACAUCCCUUGCACACAAUUGCUCAGAUUAUUCAAUAUCAUGAUGACUUUAAGCAUCAUAAUGUUGCUGUCAAAAUUGGCCAAUUUAGUAAGACAGUUUUUCACUGUUUUGUGUUCCAGUGUGUAUCAGAGGAUCAGGCACAAAAUAUUUGCCAAUGUCUUCGGAAAUUGUUUGAUGCCAUAACAAUGAAUAUAACGAUGGAAUCAUAA